AUGUCGUCGAACUCCUCCCAACGCUCUCCCAUUCCCGCCGAUGGCCCGUCCUCGGCCGGAUCAAAUCCAUUAGCGGGAGCACACUACUUUAUUUCAAUGAAACUCAAUUCCCGGAACUUUUUGUUUUGGAAGACUCAGAUCAUUCCGUUCCUACGGGGGCAGGAAUUGGAGGGUUUCAUUGAUGGAACCCAUCCGUGUCCGUCGGCGACGCUCACCACCACGGGCGGCGACUCCGGCUCCGAUGCGACAAUCGCCACCCCGGCGCCGAAUCCGGUGUACAAGCAGUGGGUGCGCCAAGAUCAAUCCAUCUUGUCCCUGUUGAUCUCGGCGAUGUCGGAUGAGGUUCUCCACCUCGCAGUUGGCCGGUCUACCGCGGCGGAGGUGUGGCACUCGGUGUGCACGGCGCUAGGAUCCACGACUCAGGCGAGAUGCCUGAACCUGCUUGGACAGUUCCAGGCCCUUCGACAAGGUAACGCCACACCCACAGAAUAUCUCGGCCGGGCGGAGUUAUUGGUAGAAGUCCUUGCGCAAGCCGGACAGCCGCUCACCAUGUCCGAACAGAAUUUGUAUGUCCUCCGUGGAUUGCGGCCAGAAUACCGCUCGUACGCUGCUGCCCUCACCGCCAACACCCCGGUUUCUCUUCCCCAGUUAGCUGAUUAUUUGCAGGCUGCUGAUUUCAUACUUGCAGAUGAAUUCGGCGCUGGUGGUGGCAAUGGUGGAUCGACGCACGCUGCAUUCUAUGCUGGUCGGAAUCCGCAGCAGAAUAGCCGAGGCAGUACUGGGCAGAAUGGUGAUGGCGGAGGACGGAAUCAUCGCGGCGGCCGAGGCGGGCGCAACCAGUGCGGUGGUCGAGGUGGGCGCGGUGUGCCGAGGUGCCAAAUCUGCAGGGCUCAGGGGCAUACUGCGGUGUAUUGCUACAAAAGGUACACCACGCAACCGCCGGCCCAGGCACAUGUCGCGGUUUCAGGAGAAUCGCCGGCAACCACCGCACCACCGCCCGAGUCGUGGUAUCCCAAUACAGGCGCUACGGCACAUGCGACCCCGGAUGCAGGCAUGCUGACCACCUCGGAUGAAUACAAUGGCCCGGACACACUCCGAGUUGGGAAUGGUACAGGUUUAGUAAUCUCUCGGGUUGGCCAUGCAUCAAUCCCGCCUGAGUCUAAACAGUUGUUUCUGUCAAAUGUGUUACAUGUCCCUAAUUUAACUGUCCCAUUAUUGUCUGUCCAGAAAUUUGCCACUGAAAAUCAUGUGUUUUUUGAAUUUCACUCAAAUUGUUUCAUUGUGAAGGAUUCCAACACCAAGGCAAUAUUGCUUAAAGGUCCUACCUCUGGAGGUUGUUUACCACAAGUGGACGAGUCACAACCCGUGCCGUGGGCUUCUGCACCCGUCGUACCAAUACAGGGUACUGGGUGCACUCCUGCCCUGGUUCCUGAUCCUGAACCUAGCUCAUGA